GACGAUGGUCGUAUCGAGAUCGACCUCAAGUCUCGGCUUACCAAAACCCUCGUCAAGCUUGUCCCUGAGCAGAGCAAAGAGCCGUUCGAGCGCAGCCGCCGAUUUACCGUGUAUAGAGGAUGGAAUAUACGUAUGAACAUCGUCAUUCAAGUCGUUGGUAGCCGUGGUGAUGUCCAGCCAUUCGUCGCCCUUGGUCAAGAACUUCAAAAAUACGGUCAUCGGGUUAGACUGGCAACACAUAAUACCUUUAAAGAAUUUGUUACGAAGUCUUCUCUGGAGUUUUAUCCUAUUGGAGGCGAUCCGAAAGAGCUGAUGGCCUACAUGGUCAAGAAUCCAGGGUUAAUUCCUUCGAUGAAGAGCCUACGAGAGGGCGAUAUCAAGAAGAAGCGCGUUAUGAUGACAGAUAUCCUCAAUGGUUGCUGGCGAUCAUGUGUGGAUGCAGAUCCAGACUCACACGAACCUUUUGUAGCCGAUGCGAUCAUCGCGAACCCGCCUAGUUUUGCACACAUUCACUGCGCACAGGCACUCGGUGUUCCCCUUCACAUGAUGUUCACCAUGCCUUGGAGCAGCACGAGAGCAUUUCCUCAUCCUCUGGCGAACUUCAAAGUGGGAGAGAUCGAUCCAGCUACGAUCAACUUUGCCUCGUACGGCAUCGUGGAGUUUCUUACAUGGCAAGGCCUAGGGGACGUUAUCAACAAAUUCCGACAUACUCUGGAUCUCGAACCUGUCCCUGCUACGGUUGGACCCGGACUUGCAGAGGCAUUGGAGGUUCUAUUUACCUACUGCUGGUCUCCCGCUCUUGUUCCAAAGCCUGUGGAUUGGCCUUCUCACAUUGAUGUCUGCGGCUUCUUCUUCCGUGAUCCACCUCCUUACACUCCGCCUACAGUGAUUGUGGAAUUUCUUAAAGAUGGCCCGCCUCCGAUAUAUAUCGGGUUCGGCAGUAUCGUCCUGGAAGACCCACCCAAGAUGACAUCUCUAAUCUUAGAAGCUGUGCAAAUGUGCGGUGUUCGAGCGAUCAUAUCCAAGGGCUGGAGCAAUUUGGGUGAAGGGCAUGCCGAUCGUGCAGGCGAUAUUCUCUUCAUUGGCGAUUGUGAUCACGAGUGGCUAUUCCAACAUGUCACCGCUGUGAUCCAUCAUGGAGGUGCAGGAACGGCGGCAUGUGGCCUGAAGAACGCAUGCCCAAUACUGGUAGUGCCCUUCUUUGGAGAUCAACCGUUCUGGGGCGAGAUGAUCGCUGAGGCUGGUGCCGGUCCGAAACCCAUACCACACAAGAUGCUGUCCAGCCAGAACUUGGCUGAAGCAAUUCAAUUUCUUCUCGCGCCCGAGACCAGGGCAGCAGCAUCGAAUAUAUCUUCGCAAAUGGCGAGCGAGGAAGGUGUGAAAGCGGCGGUCCAAUCUUUCCACGCCAACUUGCCAUUUGAGGCCAUGCCAUGCAAUAUCAUGCGCGACCGGCCUGCCGCCUGGAUUUAUAAGAAGGCUCCAAUACGACUUUCCAAACUCGCAGCACAGGUUCUUGUCGAGAAUGGAGUGAUAUCGCAGAGCGACUUGAGGCACUAUGAAACACACACUAUAAAUAUCACAAAUAAUCGCUGGGAUCCGAUCACCAGUACAACCUCUGCAGGUCUCUCGGUCGUUGGCAAUAUGAGCAAAGCAACCACCAGCAUGAUUGUUGAUCCUUGCAAAGAGCUUAGCCGAGCAAAGACUGAGGGAACGAGCGAUGCGGCACAUGGCGCAGUAACUGCAGGUAGAAUGGCUGCUGCUGGUGCGAAGGGGUUCGGUAGGUUCAAUGCCGCCUUGCUCAAAGGUGUUGCUGUCGAUCUACCACUGGCAACCGCUGAGGGUUUCCGAGCCCUGCCAAGGUUGUACGGCGAGGAGGUAAGAGACCAUGGAGAAGUAACGAACAUACAGAGCGGUUUUGGCAAGGCUGGAAAGAACUUUGCAUUCGGUAUGGCUGACGGCUUUUCUGAUCUUUUUGUUCGGCCUGUUGAAGAUGCAAAGAAGGAUGGUGCGGCAGGGUUUGCAAAAGGCCUGGGCAAAGGUGUCCUAGGAUUUACGUCCAAAACGGUUUCUGCUACCGUUGGAAUAGUUGCAUAUCCUGGUGAGGGAAUCUGCAAGAGUCUACGACACGUAGUACAUCUAGGCACCCAAAAAGACAUUAAGGGACGAAAGAUAUCCGAAGGGCAAUAUAUUACCCAACGGCGGGUGUUCGACGAAGAAGCCAUCGGCAUAAUCAAUGCCUUUAAGUCUCUAAGAAGCGAAAAGGGCCGGGUUAGAAUACCCUGUUGA